GUUUGAAGUUUAAUUAGUCAAAAAUCGCAGUAGAAAUUGACGUUUUGUGGAUUUUGUAUACAAAUGCAUGUCAAAAGCCACUGGAGCCGGUAAACUACUGUAGAAAAAGGCAAUUCUAGAGCUAUCUAGGAAAACUAUUGGAUGCAUCCAAGCAACUGCUGACUUGCGUUCCCAAAGGCAACUUUGUUCAAAUACAUUGAUUUUAGAAAAACGCUUAAAUCACAUUUAAGAGACAAACUCACUUCAACAAUCAAAUAUCAAAUAAUUACGCAUUGGCACGUUUCAACAAGCAUUAAUAAGAAGCUUGCUAAUAUAUGUAAAUGAUUCUGUAGCAUCGAUCGUGCUGGUUAUAGGAGGAAACAUUCACAGUUCUAAACGUACAAAAUGCUUUCGCCGGACACAUUGCAUCACGAAGAAGUUAACUUGGCGUUAGACCGACAAGUACGCCAAGAUAUACAGGAUAUGGCGCAAGAGGCGCAAAUACAAGCACAGAUUAUCGCGCACGAAGCGCGUGAUCGCUUUCAAUCUACAUCGAGCGUUGAGGAAGAUGGCCAAGAAGAUAUCGAGCAUGAUGGUGUCACCGUUUUGGGUGUUGUUGAGGCGGAUGAUGAUGAGGACGGACAUCAUCAUGAAAAUAUUGUUGAAGAAGAUUUGACCGAACACGAUUUGUCGGACAUGCAUGAUGUCAAAGAUUUCAAGGAUAUGCUAAUGGAAUCCAAUGAUGGCAAUGCAGACAACUCUUCAAUGCGCAAACGACGUGGCAACCUACCAAAACAGUCUGUUAAGAUUUUGAAGCGUUGGCUAUAUGAACAUCGUUACAAUGCAUACCCCAGCGAUGCAGAGAAAUUUACACUCUCACAAGAAGCUAAUUUGACCGUACUGCAGGUUUGCAAUUGGUUUAUCAACGCACGUAGACGCAUACUGCCCGAAAUGAUACGUCGUGAGGGCAAUGAUCCGCUACACUUCACAAUUUCAAGGCGCGGCAAAAAGCUGAACUCAUCAUUAAAUUCAUCAAAUAGCCUUAAUGCAAGUGGUAAUGUACCAAAUCCUAUUACGGGUAGUCCAGCCUCCGAAGUGAUCGUUGGCGCGACGGAGGAGGUUGAGGGUGAUGAGGUGCAUGAUGGCGUCGCAAAUGUACUAACGGCGUUGGGUCAUUUCGUGCAGACGCCUGGUGGCCACAUGGUCAAAGUGGAACCAGACAUGGAAUACGACGAUAGUGUAAUUUAUAGGUGGCAGCAGGCGAUUGCCGCCAAUCCGCAAGGCUUUCAAAAUUUACAUCCACAAAUUCAAGCGAAAAUUUUGGCAAAAAUUCAAGCCGCUAAACAAAGGCAAACGGCCGCAAAUGCUGCUGCUGCUGCACAACAAAUGCAACAACAGCCUGCAUACAAUACUAGCGCAAGCGUUAUACAAACUGCAAAUACGGCUGCUGCUGCUGCUGUUGCGGGUAUCCCAAGUUCACCGCCAUCUUCAAGCAACUCUUCUGCGGCAAAUUUUCAGUAUACCAACAAUACGAAAUACUUCUAUUCUCAAACACUCAAUCAAAUUUUCCACAUCCAGAAUAGUAUGCCGCAAACGAAUAUUUCACAUUUCAAUUCGUUGAGAUCUGAAGAUGACAGCAUCAACGAAUAUGAUUCGUGUGAGCCGCAAAGUGAGGAGGAAGGCAAAUUUGAAAGCUCAGACGCUUGGCAAAGCGUUAUGAAGACUGUUUUCAGUACCGAGGAAGUAACGACCUCUAGUCCAACUGCAACGAAUAACACCUAUUGGACGACGGCCUCACAUCCGCAUACGACGACAGCGCAAUCUCAUGCAUUAGGUGUUACGGGCGCAACAACAACAGGCAACAAUGUGAUAUCGGCUGCCAAUGUGAAUGCGCUGGUAGCGCCAGUUGAAUUGAAAUCCGAACCGGGCGUAACAGUGGGCGCUGAAGCCACCGUUGUCACGUCGGGCAUUUCAAAUGCGUCUAACAGUAAUAAUAAUAGCGCAAAUGUUACAAAUAAUAAUACAAUUACAUCAACCGUACAGGUCAUACAUCCUGGCAGUCAUUUAGUGAAAGGUGUCAUACGCGACGAUAAAGAUAAAUUCAAAUGUUUGUACCUGCUGGUGGAGACGGCAGUGGCCGUGCGCCAACGUGAAAAGGAGCAAGAAGAUGAAGAUGUGCAUGUGCUCGGGAAUUAGUUGGCCUCCUAAUAACGCAAUUAACUAUAAAAUUUGAAACGUAGAAAUUCACACACACACACAUAGAAACUGUUUGCAGUAAUAUGUCUUUUGUAUAGUGUCUAACAUGUGUAAUUAAGCCUUUGCACCAGUUUUAUUUAUGCUGAAUUUCUGUUAGCUCUUUUGGUGACACUUGUAGCACUAGUUAGUACCAUAUAUUUAGCACAAUAAUCGUCGACCAUAUUUGCUGCUUACUACUAAUGUUCAAUAUUCAAUAUUUAAUUUGCUGAAAACUUAUGUGCUACACAUUCGUUUUUGUUUUUUUUUUCAGUUUAAUUUCACAACAAAAUGCAUUAAUUUAUCGAAUGUUUUAAAUGAAUUACAUUAAACGCGUAUUAUCAGUUUCUAAUGCUUAAGUUCUUUGUAUACUUGGUUGCAGAUUCAUUUUUUAUAUUUACAAAUUAUUACAUGAAAAUACGCCAAUUUGCCAAAUAGCCACCAAUAAUAAUAAUAAUAAUAAUAAAUGAUUUUUCUGUAAGUUUUCCCAUUUUUCUAUUUUCACAAAAGUGCAAUUAGUCAUUGCAUUAGUUAAAUUUAUAGUAAUUUUAAUAACAAUGUGCCGUAACAAGGGAUUGUCGCAACAAUUAAUAACUUUGUGCUCUGCACUCUGCAUACAAUUUGUGGAUUUCUUAUAGUUUUAUUUUUUUUAAAUUAUUUAACUUUUUUUAUUGCAAUAUCUAUAAAUUACACAACUUUUUGUUGCAUUGCAUGUAAAUUUAAAUUUAAAACUGUGUGUAAUUAAUUUUCGCGCAUUAUUUUUCUACUUUUCCUUUAUAUUUUCUUCCGUUGCUAGAGCAAAUGAAACACAGCUUCUGUGUUGAUAAAUUAUAUGGUAACUGCCACAUUGCAUCAUUUGAAACUGUCAAAAUAAAUUAUGCGAAAAUAUUUAACAGCUCAACUAAUUAAGUUUGAGGAAUACAGAUGCGCGGCGGAAAUCAAGAUUUAAACAUAAAUUGUAUGCGUUUCUGUUUAACUUCUCGUUUUCAUAAAAGAAAAUAUCUUUUAACUACCCGGUGCAGUGUGGCGUACAGCUUAAAUAGCUGCAUAAUAAAAAACAAAAUAAUUAAAAUUUAAUUUUACAAAAGCAUUGAAAUGCAUAAAUGUACCAUAUUUCAAAGUUUUUACUUAUAAAACUUAGUUAAUAAGUAUUUUACUUAAGCGCGUUGUACACAUGUAAAUUACUAGCAACAAAGCAGAAGAAGAAAAACUUGUAAACAAAAAUAUAAAAGCAUAAAUAAUUAAUUUCGCUAUUUAGAAAAAAAAUGCAAAAAAAAAAAAUUCGAAAAUAUUUUGUACUCUUUAUCAGACCAGCAACUAAGCCUAGACAUUAAGCUUUAUUUUAAAUGCUUACUUUUCAACCUGCUAACUUUUUCAGUUCUACGUCAUAGUUAUAGUGUCGCUAAACAGGUACUAAUUUCUUAAUUUCUGUCUAUCGUAUUACGAAAAUGUGUACAGAAAUUUAGCAAACAAAUUAUAAAAUUUACCUAAACUUAAUUAAAGAAUAUAUAAUACAAAGAUAAAUAUGCGAAAUUUGUUAAUCAUAAAAUAAGUAAUAAUAAUAAUAAAUCAUAUACACAAAUAAA